UUUGAAAAGAUUCAAGAAUUGGAGGCUACGAAUGGGAUGUGGGGUGGAUUUGAGAGUAAGGGCGAGUGGGAGCUGGCUAAGUGGUUGCUGCGAAAUGUCGGGCAGAAUCAGCUUGAGAACUUUCUCAAGCUGCCCAUUGUAAAAGACAAAAUAGCUCCAUCGUUUACAAGCAAGAAAUCGUUUUUUGAGCGUAUCGAUGGACUCCCCACCGAUGGACCUGGCUGGACAUGCGACACUAUCACAAUUGCAGGUGACCUUCAUGGAGACGACGGUGAUCUACUCACCGAAGAGGUCGAGCUUUGGCGCCGGAAUCCUGUCGACUGUGUACGGGAUCUCAUUGGCAACCCUGCCUUCAAAGACUUAAUGUCAUAUGUGCCGGAGAAGGUGUAUGCCGAUGCGGAAGGGAAGGUUCGCCUAUACGAUGAGAUGUGGACUGGUGAUUGGUGGUGGAACAUUCAGGAUCGCCUUCCGGAAGGUGCAACCGUCACACCAGUUAUCCUGUCGUCGGACAAGACACAGUUGUCAAAUUUCAGAGGAGACAAGUCCGCUUGGCCAGUCUACCUUACCAUUGGGAAUAUCGAAAAGGCCACUCGACGCAAGGUUUCGUCACAUGCAACAGUCCUUGUCGGUUACAUACCCGUUGCCAGCCUCGCAUGCUUUUCGGACUCGACAAGAUCUGUCGGGGGAUAUCGUCUCUUCCAUCAUUGUAUGUCACGCAUCCUCGAGCCUCUCGUCUCUGCAGGUCGUAACGGGGUUUUGAUGACAUGUGCGGAUGGGUUCCUCCGUCGAGUCUUCCCGAUACUAGCUGCAUAUAUCGCCGAUCAUCCAGAGCAGUGCCUCGUGGCAGCGUGUCAGGAGAACUUUUGCCCCAAGUGCCGCAUUGAGCCGACGCGCCGUGGAGAACCAGUAACGGGUCAGCCCCGCGAUCCAAAGCGAACAUUGAAGAUUCUAGAGCAUAAGCGUACUGGAGCCAGAGUAGCGGCAUUCAAGGACGAGGGCCUCCGGCCAAUCUAUGAACCGUUCUGGAAAGACCUCCCGCACUGCGAUAUCUUCAUGUGCAUCAGCCCGGAUAUUCUUCAUCAGCUUCACAAAGGCCUCUUCAAAGACCACUUGGUCAGAUGGUGCACACUCGCCGCUGGCUAUCUUGGAGAACUCGAGCUUGAUGAACGUUUUCGUCUCAUGUCCGAUUUCUGGGGGCUUCGUUAUUUCAAGGAUGGCAUAUCGCAUGUCAAGCAGUGGACGGGGAAGGAGCAUAAGGAGAUGGAGAAACUGCUUGUUGGGGUCAUCUCCGGAGCCGUUUCGCAAGACGUAGUUCGGGCCGCACGUUCGGCACUUGAUUUCAUCUACUAUGCACAAUUCCACAAGCACACCGACCGGACCCUCUCAGCCAUGCAGCACUCCUUUGACGACUUCCAUCGCUACAAGGACGUUUUUGUCCGUCAGGGAAUCCGGCAGCAUUUCAACAUUCCGAAGCUUCACUCCCUUGCGCACUACAUCCCUAUGAUACGUUGUAUCGGCUGCAUGGAUGGAUACAAUACCGAGGCGUCUGAACGGCUCCAUAUCGACUACGCAAAGGAUGCGUAUAGGGCUACAAAUAAGAAAGAUUACACGCAGCAAAUGACGAAGUGGCUCAUGCGACAGGAAGCGGUCGAUCAAUAUGAUGCCUACCUGGAUUGGCGUCUGCAACGGUUUUCAGAUGAUGCCACAUCUCGAGGGAAUUCCGCUCCAAAUGGCGCCGAUCAGGAGAGCGAGGAGUUGGUGACCGCAAUUUCUGAUGCAUCGUGCAAGUACAAGAUUGCUGUAGAGCCGCCCCUGCGAAACAUCAGUGUUGCACACCUCGUCGAGAAGCACCAUGCCGUACAAUUCCUCUCUGCGCUUGAGACAUACCUGAAAACUCGUGCUGAUAGCGCGAAUGUAAUACCCAAUGAUUCCGACCGCUUUGACCUCUACAAACAGCUUGUCCUUCUUCUUCCUCCAACCCCAGUCGCCUCCUCGCCGUCCUUCGACAAGAUUCGCGCCUUUCCCGGAGCUCCCAAGAACAACAUUCUGAAACAAGCGCCAUCGCACUUCGAUACGGCUCUCAUACAUGUUCCGGCCAUAGCAGAUGGCAGCACAUCCGAGAAUGUCCUGCAUAACAAUACAUCAGGAUUGCAAGCCGCACAAGUACAUGCUAUCUUUGACUUACCGCAGUACUUCAUCCGGUCAUCCGCAAGAGUCCGGUUGGCUUAUAUCCAGUGGUUUCGGCCAUUUAAUGGUCCGGACGAGCCUAGUGGAAUGUUCACAGCAACUCGGGCCAUGCGCGGAGGACAGCCUGUGGGCGAAGUCAUUCCACUCGACCGUAUCGCAGGCUCUUGCCACCUUAUCCCUCAAUUCGGAACCAAAACGGACACGUCAUGGACGCGCGAAGCCGUACUAACACAAUGUAAAAGAGUUUACCUUAAUCCUUGGAUUAAUAUUCGUACUUUCUUU